UAGAAGAGUUGUCUGUAAGAACCGAUCGAAUUCUUGAAUUUAACAGUAACCACCAUUCAAAUCUCACGGCAGGCAAAGACUGUGAUUUUAUUAUUAUGGUUCCCUCUAUAAAAAGGGCCGAUAUGAAAAUACUGCAGCUGCUUGAUUGAUUCCAAGUUUAUGAAUUUGUGUAAAUUAUGGGUUUGGCAUCCGUGAGCACCGCCAGUGAAGGCAUACAAAUUUGUGUAUUUGAUUUGAGAAGGGGACAAAAUGAAGGGCAGGAGCUGGACAAGAUUUUGUUUUUCUUUCCUGCUGAUUUGCCCUUUUCUACACAACUUUCUGUGAUAGGGCUAAGCGAAGGACUUAUCACAUUUACAAGAAUGUUCUCACCGGAGGCUGCAUGUGAGGUCAUAGAAGCAGAGAAACACUCUCAUGUUUUCUAUGAAGCAGAACCCGAUAUUUGGAUGGUGAUGGUAGUUGAGAAAAGUAAGGAAUUAGAAGCCAUAUGGCGAAUUGAUGCAUUACGGAAGGUUAUGAAGGAAGUGCACUCCCUUUUCUUGAUGUUUUAUGGAUCCUUAAGAGCAAUGCUUGAAAAAGAACCUAGUGGUGGACUAAUUCGUUCUCAUUUGUAUCCAUUCAUCAUGGAUUAUCUAAGUGCAUUUCACAAGCGCUCUAUCUUGGAUACCUGCUGCUGGGAUUUUUUCAUGGGGAAGAAACUCCAAUUACCAUCAUUCCGUGACUGUUUGAAGGAGCGUGGAACUGUACAAAUGUUGACCGUAGGGAGGGAGGCUGCAAUUGAGGUUCAGUCACUUGUCAGGGUACUGGAAUCGUCUGCUGGGAACACACAGUGCUACUCCUUGAUUUUAUUUCACAACCUUCUGGUUUCAACAACGCUUUCUCCUGAUGACACCAUAAACUUAUUUACAUAUGCUGUCUCAAGAUUAACCCCACAUGCUCUAUCCUCUGGAGCAAGUUCUUGGUCGUAUUUACGGAGAUCAAGUACCUCAUCUGAUGUUGCUUCAGGGUCUAACUUGGCCCAUUCUGCCUCUAUCUCAGAACAAAUUUAUCAUUCAAGUAAUACCUCACCUGGUAGAGACAAUAGUAAUCAUGUUGCACGACCCCUGCAGAAUGACAAAUGGUCCAAGGGAAAGGAUGGUUUUCUUGUCACUGAUAUAUGGGGUGUGGAUGCUGGUAGCUUGAUUUGUGCCACCCCAACAGUUUGGCUUCAGCAGACUGAGGAGGGAAUGUACCUUUGUCCUUAUCAGUAUAAAAACCUUACCAUAAUCCUUCUAAUUCCUGUUUCCUCUGUUCUAAAUGGAGAGCAAGGUGUUUCUGCAGUAAAGCAACAAGUUCUUGAUAAUGCUUCACUAAAGAUAUUAAAAGUUGAAGAGAAACUAUCAAAAGGUUGGGGUGGUGAGAAUGCAUACCAUGUCAGUGGGUAUCGUUACUUACUUGCAGAUGGUGACAGAAAUAUCUCAAGGGCUUCUCCACCAGGAAAGGUUACUACACUAACAAAGGAAUCUUUACUUGCAUUAAGCAAGCUUAGAGAAGAGGUAGAUUUGGAAAAAGGUAGAGCAAAAUACAAUAAUCCAGAUGCUGAGAAAGAUUUGGAACUAUGCAUUCGAGCAAAAAAUAAUGCUUGGGUUAUUGCUCGGGUAACAAGAGGGAAGGAACUUUAUAUGGUUCUUGAGAAAGCAAACGAAACGAUUCUAUAUGCCUCAGAUGCUUUUGAGAAGUUCAGCAACAGGUAUUGCAAUGGAGCUUUUUCUUUGGACUAGGGAAAACCUUGAAUCUCCAGUAUAUGUGCCCAUGUAAUAGAAAAACUUCAAGCAAUCGAUACACACCAUGUCAUGGCUCCCCAGGCCCCUGCAGGCAGCAUCCAUAGGCAGCAAAUAUCUGGUGAAUGAAAUAUGAAAGAGAAACAAAUUUUAUCUGUUGUAUAUUGUGCGAAAUUUCUAUGAGCUUUACAUGUAGAAGUUGUUUAGAAUUAAUCUGGGAUUUGUUUGUGGUUAAGUUUAGAUUGCCGCAUCUUUAUGAGAUUUGUCCUCUGAUGCUGUACAUUGAACUGUAUGUUAAGUCAUCUGCGUUUAAAAAGAUUAAGAGCCGGGACUAUGUUACUGUUCAAAUUUGUACUCUAUAAGCGUCCGAUUUAUCAAUCUGUUAUUUAUUUUGCGAAA